UUAGAUCAGACUAAUGGUGAACAGUUGGACCCUGCUUGACAGAGACUUAUAAAGGAUUCAGUACUCAGUGUAAAGAGAGAUCUCCCUGACUGAGGAAAUCCACACAUGAUUCUGUUAUAAAACAUCAGGAUAAAGAAAUAGAUGUCUGCUGUCAGUGAUGUAUAGAUUUGUGUUACAGAAAUCUGUCACAUUGCCAGGUGUUAGUGAGUGUGAUCACAUUUCACAUCAAUCAUCAGACCGGGUCUGGAUCAGUGAUAAUAAAGGCAAUCUCAUACUGACAAACACAACAGGGGAAGAACUAGAUAGUGCGACAGAUAUACGUGGUGAUGAUGGAGUACACACUGUGAAUUUUUAUGGAGAUUUAAUUUAUAUAGACAGUGAAUUAAACAUCAAUAAACGGUCUAAAGAUAACAAAGAAAAGACUACAAUAAUAAAGUACAACAACACGUCACCAUGGAGACCAGAGUGUGUUUACAGCCCCCCUUCCACUGGAGACCUGCUGGUCGGGAUGUAUAGAUAUGAUACAGAGACAGGCAAGGUAGUGCGGUAUAACUCCACAGGAGAAAACAUCCAGACCAUACAGCACCACAACAACACAGGUCAGAGACUGUGUAGAGAACCUAACUACAUCACAGGGAACCGCAAUGGAGAUGUUAUUGUGUCUGACUGGUACCGUAAUGCUGUAGUGGUGACAGAUCGUGACGGUAAUUACCGCUUCUCCUACAGAGGUCCUCCAUCAGGAUCAGGACUAGCACCACGUGGAAUCUGUACUGACGCACUGUCACACAUCCUGGUGUGUGAUUAUAACACCGACUCAGUACAGAUGUUAGAUAGUAACGGUCACUAUCUGACAGAGAUACUGACACCACAACACGGGAUAUACAGACCAUGGGGCCUGAGUUAUGAUGAGAAUACUCACCUACUGUGGGUAGGGUCACGGUUCAACAACACAGUCAACAUAUACAGAGUUGUAGAUACAGACUCUCUGACUGGACUUCCUCUGGAGAACAUCAAAUGUAGAAAACAUCCCAGAAUUCCCCUGGACCAGUUCUGUACUCUGUGUGGUGUUCCCUUGUGUGUGGAGUGUACCAGCUCUGAAGAUCACAGCAGACAUGACCUCAGAAAUAUAGAGACAUUGUUUGACAGCAUUCACAGGAUAGAAGACGGAGAUGAACUUUUGAUGUGCCUUCUUCUUUCCAAUUUUUACAAAAUAAACUUGAAAGACGAAAACUGGAUGACAAAAUAUAAUUCUGUUGCCAAAAGUUUUCAUUUGAAGGAAAUCUCAAAGCCAUUUGCUCUUAAAGAUUUAGAAAAAUACAAACCAAUCCUGAAACUUAAUGAAUCAGAGAUCAGUUAUUCUAAUGAGCUCUUCAAAAAUAUCAGUUUCCUGAAAUUCUCAAAGAGGUCUGGCUUUUCUGAAGUUUUCUUGACUGGGGCAGAAAAAGAAAACGUAGCUGAGUACUGUAGAUCGUGGAAUUAUCGGAGAAGAGAAGAUGAGGUUUGCUGUUGGUUACUACCAGAUAAAAAUGAGGAAUUUUUAAAACGUCUUGGAGAAGAUAUUUUCACGCACCCAACGAUGGCGGACCAGUCAUUCCAUGAAGUUGUAUUUAAGAAAGUUGGAAUACCAAUGCAGAUCAUCUUAAGGGGAGAUAAAUCUGUAAAGAAUUUCAUUGAGAAUUUAAAGAAAGGGAGGACAACCAUGUACCAUGCCUCUGGAAUGAUAAUAGGGUGUGCUGGUAGUGGGAAAACAACAUUGUUAGAGAGACUGAAGGGCAUUGACCUGGAAGAAAUAAAGAAAAAUAUCAGUUCAACCAGAGGAGUCGAUAUCCACACAGAUGUCUUUGAUGUGAAGGAUAGCAUUCAAGCAAAUUCUUCAAGCCAACAACAGCGCUUUAAACUUAAACUUGACAAAAAAGAUAUGCCACUGAGUGUUCUAGAACCUCAUUCGCAAAAUGCAGCUGAUGAUGCGAAAACGCAGGGGAAAAUGGAACCAGUUGAUGAUGAGGGUCAUGCGAUUAAAGUAUCAAACAGUGGACAGAUAUCACAAGAUGAUACCAACAUUAAAACUACCUCAUUCUCUCCACCACAAGGUGCCAUGUCAGCUUCAAAUUUAGCAGAAGUUACGAAGGAAAAUAAAGAUAUUCUUGGACCAAAUAAUCCAGGAAUUUCAGGAAAUUUGCAGAUUGAUGCAAAAAACAUUUCAGAUAAGAAAAUUACAAUGACUGACUUUGCAGGACAGUGUGCAUAUUAUGCCUCACACCAGAUUUUUCUGAGUCCACGGGCAUUCUUCAUUCUGGUGCUGAAUAUGGAGAAAAAGUUUGAUGAUACGGUUGGAGGAGAGGUGUGUUGUCAGGAAGGCUCCGUUUAUAAGGAAUGGACAAACAGAGAUUAUCUUGAGUUCUGGAUGAAGUCCAUACACCAGUACAGCAGUGAUAAGGCUCCUGUCAUCCUGGUUGGUACACACUGUGAGAAUAAAACAGAAGAGGUAUAUUUCUUGAUAAAAAUCAUCUUUUUACUUCAAAUCAUGAUACAUGUAACUAUAUGCAUUUUUAGCUCUUCUGAGCCAAAGGCUCAAAGAGCUAAUGCUAUGGCCAUUUGUGCUGUGUAUGUUAACUUUUUAGAAUAUGGGCCAUAACUCAAGAACCCUUUGACCAAUCAGUCUCAAAUUUGUCACAGUAUCCAUGGCCCAAGGGCUACCAUUUAUAGUAAAAUAAUGGUUGGGACUCUUAAACAAGAGGAGAUAAUUAGCAAAACAAAAAAGGUACUAGUUGCUAAAAAAUCUUCUCCAGAACCACCAGGCAGAUUUUCACCAAACUUACAUACAAGGAUUAGGAUAUGUCAAAAAUUAAAAAUUGCACGGGGAAUAACCCUGGG